AUGAGUAUUGAUGAAGCAACAUCACUGGUGGAUCUUCCAUCUCCAAUCUUGUUAGAAAUUCUCUCUAGAUUACCUCCCACCACACUCUUAUACGUCAAAAGCGUCUCCAAAUCUUUUCUAAACCUAACCUUAGAUUCCGAAUUUUUAAAACUAUCACGUUCAACAUCUCCAGCAGGCAUCAUAAUCAACCAAUACAGCUUGGAUGCGAUUUCUAUUACUGAUACCUUAAAGUUCUUGAAAUUUGAAGAUCAAGAUACUGAUCAUUCAUUUUGCCUCGAUCCAAAUGUUGACCUUGAUCUACAACUUUACUUUCCUGUUGGUCCAUUUUGGAUGGUUGGAUCAGUUCAUGGUUUCGUUUGUUUUAAUUACUUCCCCCAUCGUGAUCGUGUUGAUACUAUUUACAUCCUCAAUCCGAGAACCAGAGAGUAUAUCAUCCUUCCAGAGGCUGAAGGGGUAAGAGGGUGGCCCAAUGGUAUUGUCACUUAUGGCUUCGGUUUUGAUCCUGUUAGGUUCGAGUACAAAGUGGUUAGAAUUUACCAAGAGAAAAUUUAUGAUGAUUAUUACAAGUCUAAAGGUCAAGUCUACACAAUUGGCAAAGGGUAUUGGAGAAAUGCAGGACAUGUUAUGUUCUCUUUCAUGUCAGAUGGGGUGAACCUCUAUGCAAAGAUUCAUUGGUUGGUCUAUGAUGCUAAUGGAAAUGAGUUAAUAUGUUCGUUUGAUUUCGAGAAUGAGUUGUUUGAAUCAUUCCCCACAGCUCCAGGGUACACUGAGGAAGAUUGUCCAAAUUUACGAACUUUGGGAGUUUAUGGACGCUGUUUAUGUGUGUGUGACAAUUAUGCAGAUACUUAUUUCGAGGUGUGGGUGAUGAAAGAAUAUGGAAUUACUAGUUCAUGGGUUAAAGAGAUUGUCAUAAACAUUUCUCCUGAAAGCAACGAUUGGUUGCGCAAUGAAAUAAUUUCUAUGUUGAAAGUUUUGGAGGAUGGAGAGGUGUUGUUCUUGUGCCAAUGCGAUUUCAUGUUCUUGCACCAUCCUGUGAAGAAAACUUUGAAAAUCCUUGAUGUCUGUGAAGGGAACAUCAUAGCAUCUAGCCAUGUAUCAAGCUCCUUUUCUCUCAAGAGUUUUGAAGCUGAGGAUGUGAAUGUCUUUUAG